AUGGUCCCUGAUAAAGCUUGUUUGGUUUGUAAGAAAACUUCAAAUGGGAUGCAUUUUGGUGCUCUUACAUGCCGAGCGUGUGCUGCAUUUUUCCGAAGAGCUACAGUACUCAAACUGCAGUAUAAGUGUAAGCAAGGAAAUUCUCAAUGCAAUAUUGAUGGACGUGGAAGAUACGUUUGUCGUCAAUGUCGUCUGAAAAAGUGCAAAGCGAUCGGAAUGAACGAAGAGAAGGUUCAAUUGGACUAUGAUCCAACAUAUUCUUUCCGUGGAUUGAUGGAGGAUAGUGGAAGUGAUGAGUGUUCCACUCCAACGGGUAGUCCAGCCCAAUCGGAAUAUAGUCCAACUAAUUUGAGCCGGAAGAAUUCUAUCGAGUCUCCAGAAGUUGAUCCGAACUUUUUGUUCACUUUCUCCCCGAAAGUCCCAGAUAAGCCAAACAUGGUUAUUGAUUUCAGUGGAUUAGUAAAGAAGAUUGAGACAUGUUUUUCGAUAAAAACAAUGAAAGAUGAAAGCGAGUUGGAAGCGAUGACUGCAGCGUUGAAAAGCUUUCGACAAGGACAGAAACCUCAAAAUGAAUUAUCAGUUUUGGAAAAAGUGGAUGUGACUACUACUGUUGAAUGGCUCAACGAGAGAAUUUACAAGUAUUCCUGCUGGUUCGCAUCCUCGAAAUCAUUGAUGUCUCUUCCAAUGGAUCAGAAAAUGCAAGUUUUCCGAUCCUCCUGGAAUGUGGUUCGAACUUUCGAAAGACUUGAACAGUCUGUGAAGGUUUUUGAAGAAGAUGUCAUGAAAUUCGGAUCGAUGGUUGUGACCGACGAUUUUGCGAUGCAGUGGGACAAAACUUAUGUCGAUCUUGCAUCCAUCACAGAACUCACUAACCAAUACUUUAAUAAAUUGUUUGAACCAUUUAUGCACCGAUACAUUGAAGAAGUGGCUCGACCAUUACUUGAUCUGAAACCAACUACAGAAGAAGUCGUAUUCUGUAUGGUUCACCUUAUUGGUUUAGAAGACGCGGAUUUUGCACUUGAGACUCAAGAAGCUUGUGAGCAAAUGAGAGCAGAAAUCGCAGAUCAAAUGCACACGUACUACACGAAUCAAACUGACAUAAAAAUGUAUUCUCAUCGUCUUCUGAUCCUUAUGAAACUGGUUAAAUCUAUGAAGAGGAUUUCUAGAGAAAAAUCAAAGAUCAAGGAGCUCAUCUGGCUAUUUGAUAUCUACCACGCAGACAUUUCCGAGCCAUAUUUCUUCGAGAUGUUUUAA